AUGGCAUCGACUACACGGAGACGUUUUCCGGUAGUCAAGUACGUGACGCUGCGCAUGGUAGUUGCAAUCACGAAGUACUUUGACUGGACACUGGACCUACUGGACGUGGUGACAGCUUUGCUAUGCGGAGAGAUGAAGGAAAAGGUAUUCUGCGCGAUCCCAGAAGGGGUCGAAGUUGAUGAAGACUUUGACUGCUUCGAAUUGUUGAAGGCGAUCUACGGACUAAAACAAGCAUCGCGCGUAUGGAACGGAGAAUUUCCAUGA